CAAGAAUUUAUACACAUUUGAUUUGAAUUGGAUUGUAUUAACCGGUUUCCAAAGUCCAUUUUCAUUUUAUUUUUGUCUGUAGUCUGUAUUGGAUUCAAUAAUACUACAAAAAAAUGAGUGCCGCCACUUUGAGUCGUAUUGUUGCUUCUAAGGUUUUUGGGAAUAAUUCUUUCAAAUAUGGACAAGCAGCAAAAAAUGUUAGGUUAUAUAGUUUAGCAGCAGCAAAAGAAAACUACGAGUUUAUUAAAGUCUCCAAGACUGGAGAAAAACAAAAUGUUGGACUGAUUCAACUCAAUCGUCCCAAAGCACUCAACGCCCUCUGCAAUGGGUUGAUAUCCGAAGUAUCUGAAGCUUUGAACUCCUUCGACACCGACAAAUCCGUGGGUGCUAUUGUCAUAACUGGAAACGAGAAAGCUUUUGCUGCCGGAGCCGAUAUUAAGGAGAUGGUAACCAAUACCUUUGCAAAAUGCGUAGCUGAAGAUUUUAUUGCCGCUUGGCAGCUUAUCGCUAACAUGAAGAAGCCCCUUCUGGCAGCAGUAAAUGGAUACGCUCUUGGUGGUGGCUGUGAAUUGGCUAUGAUGUGCGACAUUAUUUACGCUGGGGAUAAAGCUAAGUUUGGACAGCCCGAAAUUCUUCUUGGUGUCAUUCCUGGAGCUGGAGGCACCCAAAGGCUUACUCGAACCGUUGGCAAAUCUAAGGCAAUGGAGAUAGUUUUAUCUGGCAACCAGGUAACAGCCCAAGAUGCUGAAAAGAUGGGUCUCGUUAGCAAGGUUGUACCAGCCGACCAACUUUUGACUGAAACUGUAAAACUUGCCGAAAAAAUAGCAGGAAACUCACAGAUCGCCAAUACUAUCGCCAAAGAAUGUGUGAAUACAGCUCUGGAGACAACGUUGAAAGAAGGUUUGCACUUUGAGAAGAGAAUGUUCCACGCCCUGUUCGCUACUAAGGACCAAAAAGAAGGAAUGGCUGCAUUUAUUGAAAAGAGAAAGGCCAACUUUACUAAUGAAUAAACUAUAUAAUUUUCUACUUGUUAAACAUUUUUAAAGAAAUGUAUUAUAUAUAUUUUUAUUAAAUUUUUAUAAGAU